AUGGAGAUCGUCGGAGAGAGCGGCUUCUGCCCGUCCACGGGAAUUUACCACAGUAAAUGGGACGGCGCAGCCCUCCUCCCGCCGCCGCCGGCCGCCGCCCUCCCGAGCUUCCUCCUCUCUGCGGGGCCCCCCGCGAAGGCGGCGUUCGUGGACGCGGCUUCCGGCGCCGCCUUGAGCUACGAGGGCCUGCGGCAGCGGACGGCGGCUGCAGCGGCGGCGCUCCGGGGGCUGGGGGUUUGCAGGGGGGACGUCGUCCUCGUCGUCUCCCCCAACUCGCUGCACUUCCCGGUGGUAGUCCUGGGGAUCAUGUCCGUGGGCGCCGUCUUCAGCACCGCCAACUUCUUGAACACCAGGGAGGAGUUGCAGAUCCAAAUCAGAGACUCCAAUCCCGUCGUUGUGGUCACCACCUCCGAGCUCCGCCCCAAGCUUCUGGGCCUCGUCUCGGGCCCGCUGGUGUUGGUUCCGGAGCUGCUGCAACUGGUGGCGCAGGAGGAGGCGGUGGCGGCGGCGGCAGCGGUGGAGGGGACCUCUCCGGAGGAGGCGGCGGCGCUGAUGUAUUCCUCGGGGACGACGGGGAAGAGCAAGGCGGUGGUCUGCACCCACGGGAACCUCAUCGCCAUGAGCUGCAUUCUCCGGCAGGUGUGGCUAGCGGCGCACGGCGGCGACCCCGGCGAGGACGUGUACCUCUGCGCAGUGCCGCUGUUCCACAUGUUCGGCUUCUCGAUGUUCGUCUGCGGCGCGCUGGCGGCGGGCGCCACGGUUGUGGUGCUUCGCCGCUACUCCCUGGAGGGCACGCUGGGCGCGGUGGCGGAGCACCGGAUCACCCGCCUCCCCGCCGUGCCGCCCAUGGUGAACCAGCUCGCACGGUCCCCUCACCUGGCGGAGAAGUUCGACCUCAGCUCCCUCCGGGAGGUCAUCUGCUCCGGCGCGCCGCUCGCCGGCGACCACCGGGACCGCUUCCGCCGCUGCUUCCCCCGCAUCACCCUCUCCCAGGUGAGUGUACUCCGCCGCCGAUGCUCCGCCACCGCGGCUCUCUGUUUUACUGGUUUUUGGCCGCAGUGCUACGGAUUGACGGAGACCAGCGGGCCCAUCACGCUCUGCGACGGCGUCGCCGGGAAGGUGCACGCGUCGAUCGGGAGGCUGGUGCCGUCGAUGGAGGCGAAGAUCUGCGACGUGAGGACGCGCCGCCCGCUGCCGCCGGAGCAGAUCGGAGAGCUCUGCGUGAGGGGCCCGCCGGUGAUGAAGGGCUACCUGAACAACCCGGAGGCGACGGCGCUGGGCAUCGACGACGAGGGAUGGCUCCACACCGGCGACCUCUGCUACAUCGAUGGCCGCGGCCUCGUCUUCCUCGUGGACAGGAUCAAAGAGCUCAUCAAGUACAAGGCCUACCAGGUACUCUUUCUCACUCCACCAUUGCGGCGUCGGCGAUGAACUCUUUCUUCUUUCUAGUCGACUGUUGCGGCGGCGCUGAAAGGGGGCUGGGCUGGUGGGGAGCUCUUGCAGGUGGUGCCGGCGGAGCUGGAGGAGAUCCUCAGCCGCCACCCCGACGUCGCCGACGUCGCCGUCAUCCCGUGAGUCAGACCACCGUUGACUUCCGCGCCACCUUCCUCUCUCCUCUAACAAGAACCCGCGCUUCUCCCUGUGUUUCAGGCACCCGAGCUCGGAGGCCGGAGAGAUCCCGGUCGCCUGCGUCGUCCGACGAGAUGGCAGCUCCAUUAGCGAGGACGAGAUCAUCUCCUUCAUGGCCGCCAAGGUCCCCCCCCCCUCUCUCUCUCCCUCUCUCUCUCUCUCUCUCUCUCUUAUCGCAUAGAUGGGGGCAUUGACCGUAUGGUGUCAUUGUUUUAGGUGGCGCCAUACAAGAAGAUUAGGAGAGUGAGGUUCGUUGACUCGAUCCCGAGGUCCCCCUCAGGGAAGAUCCUCAGGAGGCGACUCAAGGAGGCGACCCUCGAAGGUCAACGUCUGGAGAUCUCCCCGAGGCUGUAA